AUGGCCCGACGAAUCCUACCCUCCGACUCGCGCACAGCGAAUUCCCGUCUCAGACAAUUUGAGAGCGAUCUAUUCUUUCCCCAGGCGUCAGGUGAUGUCUCCAUCAUCGAUGAUGACGACGAUAUCGACAUUCCUCCACGAUCGGAUAUCACUGCAAGUGCGAGCAAGAAGCGAAAAGCACCGACCUCAAUGUUCCCAGAGCCACUGACACCCACACCAACAUCUCCAAUUGACAGUAGAGGUGUCAUCAUCAAUCGAGGUCCGAGGAUCAAAUCCGAGGAAGAGACGAAUGCAUUCAAAGCCUUAGCGGCCCGACCAGCAGACGAACGUGUGAAGAUCUUUGUGGGCAGUAUCAAUCAUGAGUUCACCGUCGGUAUCGAUACACUAGACAAAUCACCCGUGCUCCAGACACUCUUAAUUCGAGAUAGAACUGGUGAGGAAUCAUACAUCAUGCAUCCACUUCUGACCAAGGUCAAUACCAAGCAUUUCGAAGCUGUGGUGAGCUUUCUAGUCAUGGAUGAAUAUGAUCCAUUCAUCAUCAGCAACCCGAAUGGUGCCGACAGUCUCCCCAAGCGACUAGACGGGGUUGUCAGCACUGAAGAUUAUCGAAAAGAGGCACUCCGAUCCUGCAGCAUCUACGUUAUCGCAAAGCAGCUAAACAUGGCGUCUCUCGAGAAAUUGGUCCUGCGAAAGAUCAUCGAGGCACAAUAUCGACCCUAUGGUAUCCAAUGCCUUCUUGAAAUGUCGAGGAUCGUCUUUUCCAGGAAGGACAAUGCAGGUAUUGUAAAGAUGGGCAAGAUGGCAGAGCCACCUGGUCAGAGUCACGACGAAGACACCGGUGCUGAAGGGGAGGGUGACAAGCUGGAGGAAUGGUUGAUCGGAAACUUGACUGAAAAGCUACAAGCUGUGCUUCUCACGAAUGCACAGUUGUUCUUUCAAGUCGCGAACCUCGUCGAGUGCCAGAAGCGUGGAUUUGCAAUCAGAAUCUUCCGGACCAAAGUCGAGGCUUGGGAGCAUGAUGGCCCAAACGUCGUUGCUAUCGAUGACGACGAAUAG